AUGUCUAGACCAAAACAUGCGGUUGAGCUCUGCUCUCUCCUCGUCGAUGACAUCUAUGGCGAACUAUCUUCUCGCAUUUUUACUAUUCUACUUCGACGAGGAAGAUUAUCUAUGGUUGCGCUCAAGCGACACACUCAACUCACAACGCGACAAUUGAAACUCGGAUUAACGGUCCUCGUUCGACAAAAUUUAGUUUACCACACCUCAGAUGAAGGGGGCGGCGACACCAAUUACGAAGCAAAUGUUGACGCCGCAUAUGCUCUCGUUAGGUCUGGGAAAAUCUUAGAGAUUGUGGGGGAACGAUUUGGAUCUGUUGCGACCGAGAUUAUGGAACAAUUGGUACUUUUGGGCCACGCCAAGAUAUUCGACAUAAUCGCAGAAUUGAACAAGGGCCACGAAGCACACGCCAAUGGCAAUGGCAAUGGUAACGGUAACGGGACCAAUGGCGCUGCAAAUGGGAAUGGCAUUCAAUCGUAUCCCUCGGGACAAUUGAAUCACACAUUAAUUCAGUUGUUAGAAGAAGGAUUUAUUCAACCUGUUGGUCAGAACAUGUUUCGAAGCCCGACAGACAGCUACAAUGCGGUUGAGAAGGCACUUCUGCACGAUAGUUAUGGGGGAGCCACGAGAGGAACGAAGCAAAAAGACGAGUUGAGGUCAAGAGUUCGAGCACGCCUACAAGAAUUGAGAGCUGAGGUUCCAAACUGGAGACCAGUUGGUUACAGCCGGCCAUCUACCAGUGGUCACAUGAACGGUACUGCCACAAAACGAAGAAGGCUCUCCCACAAUGGCAGCGCUACCAAUGGCUAUGACUUUGUCGAUGACGAAAGUAACAAGCUUGACGGAAACCUGCUUUUACGAAUCAACCACGAAAAAUGUACCAUCGCCAUGAGAAAUCGGCGGCUUGUUGAGCUUGCAAAUUCCCGGAUCGGCGAAAAUACAUCGUAUAUUUAUGCGGAACUCCUCCGACUUCUGGCAGAACGAAUUCCUAGAUGUCGACCCGAUCCGAAGAUCGAUGAUGUCGUGGAUGACCCCGAUGGGCCUGCAAUAACAAUAACGACCCAGGAGUUGACCGAUGCCUUAAGUAAGACAAUUAACGUAUCGAUUGGUAUUGGCAAAACUGCUAUCCAAGGUAUUGAUGCUUCCAAGUUUGACAAAAUUCAGAAUGGCCGAAAGAGAAAAUCCCGAGACGAUACCGAAGGCGAUGCCAGUUCCGAUGAAGAGUCAGAAGAUGAUCACAAGUCUUUCACGAAUGGAAAUGGACAUGCGAUGGACAUCGACGAAGAUGAUCCAUUUACAGAUCAAUCCAGGGCCAAUAAAAACAAACGAGCCGUCACUUUCCAAGACCAAGAUACAAGGUCUCCUCCAACGGAGAGUCGUCAAGCCCGAAUGAUGCAAGUGAUGAACCAUCUUCAGUUAUUAGCGGCCGAUGAUUGCCAUCUACUGCGAAAGUGUGGCACCCGACAAAUGGGCGAGUGGACCGUCGAUUUCGAGCGUGUGAUUGAGCGACUUCGAGAAUUAGAAAUCGACUCCAUCAUAUAUGAGAAUUUCGGCAAAAACGGACAUCGACUCAUACGAAUUAUGAGGAAGAUGGGAAAGCUUGAAGAAAAGCACCUUUCUCUGGUGGGGUUGGUCAAACAGAAGGACGCCCGGACCAAGCUUGUGGAAAUGCAAAUGGCUGGCAUGGUCGACAUUCAGGAAGUCCCCAGGGAUGCUGGUCGUAUGAUUGUGCGUACUGUCUUCUUGUGGUUUUUCGAUCAAGACCGAGUCGCCUCCCUUUUAUUGGACCGAACCUACAAAGCCAUGUCAAGAUGUCUACAACGGCUCGAUGUGGAGAAGCGACGUAAAGCAGAUAUUAUUGCAUUAUCGGAGCGUACAGAUGUCCAGGGUCAAGAGGAGGCUAUACUCCGACCAGAACAGAUGAACCAGUUGCGUGAGAUCCGAGCGAAGGAGGAAGAUCUAUUGGGGCAGAUGUGCAGACUCGACGAUUUAGUCGGCGUGUUCAACGAUUUUUAA